UGUGCCUGCUUUGUCUUCUGGUGAGAGCAGCAUUCUUCCUGCAGGCUCUUCUAACAGAUUGAGAAGUAUGGCUCUGACAACUCGUUUGACGUGGUUGCAAGAAAAGAGACUGCAAAAUCAUUUUGGAGGAAAGCAGUUUAGCCUUCUUUAUAAGGCUAGUGUCCAUGAAUUCUGUACUAAGAAUUUGUUUGAGAAAUGCUGUAACCAAGGACCUAUAAUAAUAGUGAUUUACAGUGAAAAUGAUGUUACUGGAGCAUACGUGCAACACGGUUACCAGGAAAACAGGGAAGUUCCUAUCAUUCUUUUUGCACUUCAAGAGACUGAGAUUUUGGAAUAUAAAAUAGGAUCACAUACACCAGAGAUAUUGUUCUAUGACAGGUAUGCGCCAUUAACAGUCUUCAAUCGAAAACAUCGGGAUUUUAAGAAUCCUUCUGCUGGGUUCUGGAUAUAUCUAUGCGAAAAAGUGGUGGCUAUGAGCUCAAAAGUAAGUGAAGAACUUGGACAACCUCAAAAUUGUACUGCUUCCUUUCAGGAAUGCGAAGUUUUUCGAUGUGAAGAUUUAUUGGACAAAAGAAAGCAAGAAGGAGUCAUUAAACUCAGGAGGACCUUGCUGUCUGAAAUGAAUACUUAUGAGCCGAAUCAAGAAAUGGUUCACCAAAUAAGAAUUCUGCUGCUCGGUCCAAUUGGAGCUGGGAAAUCUAGCUUUAUCAACUCAGUGAAAUCUGUUUUUCGAGGCCAUGUGACCAAUCAGGCUCUGGUGGGCUCUGACCCAACUGGAAUAUCUACGAAGUACAGGACGUAUUCCAUUAAGGAUGGGAAUGGUGGUCGAUGCCUGUCCUUUAUUCUGUGUGACUCUCUGGGGCUGAGUGAGAAGUCAGGCCUAUGUGUGGAAGACAUAGUCUACAUCUUGAAAGGCCACAUUCCUGACAGAUAUCAGUUUGAUUCCAUGGAACCAAUCACAUCAAGGCAUCCUAACUACAUUCAUUCCCCAUCACUGAAGGACAGAAUCCACUGUGUGGCAUUUGUGUUUGAUGCCAGCUCUGUUGAACAACUCUCUCCUGAGAUGGUAGCAAAGAUCAAGAAAAUUCAAAGGGAGGUGAUAAAAUGUGGCGUGGUACAGAUGGCUUUGCUCACUCAUGUGGAUUGCUUGGAUCUGAUUACAGUAGGUGACUUUCCAGACAUCUAUAGCUGUGUGCCUGUGAAACUCAAGCUGGAGGCAGUUCACAGAAAACUUGGAUUUGUUCUUUCUGACAUCUUGGUGGUCAGCAAUUAUAUUUCUGAGUGGGAGCUGAACCCUCUGAAAGAUAUUCUGAUCCUCUCUGCACUGCGAAAGAUGUCAUGGGCUGCAGAUGACUUCCUAGAGGAUUUGUCUCACUAAACAGUGCUCAGAGGAAGUGAAUUAUCAAGUGUGCAAAGAAAAAUAUAACAAUGUGAACCUUCCACAAAUUAAAAAUUUUGCCACAUCAUAGAAGAAUAAAACUAAGAAAGGAGAAAACAGGAAAGAGAGAAGUAGCUGAGAAUAAAAGGGUGGGUUUUAUUUAUGUCUAGGAUGAAUAGCAUCUGCAGUAUCUGUCAUAGUCUCUGCAAUAACUAGGAAUAGUAAGAUUUUGUCAUUGUGAAAAAUAGUCAUAAUGGUUUUGGAUUUAUAUAAUAUAUCUGUGAGAAAUAAAAUAUCAUUUUAUAAAACCUA